AUGAAGCAAGAUGCGCGGAACAUGGACGACCGCCAGGAGAGGUAUGAGCUAUUUACGCUAAUUGAGGGGGAAGAGAAGGUUACGAUGGAGUGGGAUUUGCGCCUCCCCAACACCGCCAUCUUCACCUUCGCCCGCGAAGACCACACCCUCGGCAACCUCCUCACCUCCGCCCUCCUCGACACGGACCACGUUGUCUUCGCCGCCUAUAAAGUCCCGCACCCCCUCUUCCCCACCUUCACUCUCCGCAUCUCCACAGAUGCCACCAUAGGCCCCAAGGAAGCGCUCACCACCGCCUGCAAGCGCGUCAUCGAGGACCUCAGCUCCUUGUCCAAAAAGCUCACCCGCGAAUGGGAGCUCACAAAGCUCGCCGCCGCCAAAGACGGCCGCCCCGACCUCACUGAAGAAAGAGAGCAGUGGACGGAGCGCGAAAGAUUCAUGCGGGAGCAGCGCGCUCAGCAUGCGCAGUGGGACCGCGAGCAACAGAGGGAGCGGAUGAGGGAGAUGGAGGAGGAGCAGAGACGCAUCCAUGACCUUCAGAGAGAGCAUGAGAAGGAGGUUGAGUUGCUGAGAGCGGCCAACCAGCAACGUGCGAGAGACAACAGGGGGGAUGCGCUGUCUCCGCCGCCGGCAAGACACGACGCAGAUCCGAUCUGGGAACGCCGCGGCGGAUCUCCAGAAAGAGUGAAUGGUGCAGCAAGAUCGGCGUCACCGCCGCCGGCACGGUGGAAUGCGCCGAACAUUGCAUCAUGGAGUACUGCUGUCCCAUCUUCUUCUGUUGGCCCUGCUCGUUCGGCCGCUUCUCCGUCUCCUGCGCCGUGGGGUGCGGAGCCGCCAAACAUUGCACCAUGGACCACUACUGUUCCGUCCUCUUCUACUGCCCCUGCUCAGUCAGCUCCUUCUCCGUCCCCUGUGCUAUGGGGUGCCGAGUCACCAAACAUUGCGUCGUGGAGCCGCCCUACUACUGCCAGCGCCGCAGAGGACCCCGCUUACCAUUCCGCAGAAGAACAGGGUGAAUACGAUGCCCACCCCGUGGGAUCUGCUGAAGGUGGUGCGGUCAAGGGACGGUGGGAUAGGCCUCCGUCGCCGGAGUAUCAGCAGUAG